GCGCAAGGCCAUCAGGUGCAAUACGAGAGUCGGCUUUGUCAUGCUUGCUUUUGCGCGGCUGACUUAGUAAACUCCGUCGGUCUGCACAUCGGGCACCUGUGUGGACUUUCUCUCGUGGAUAACUUUCCAGAUCAAGCCUCCAAGAUGGUGUUUGGCCAUGCUAUGCUAGCUGUCCUAGUGGCCUUGGUAGUCAUUACUUUCAGGCUGUUGUCUCACGGUAAACAUCUAUCGGUAUCAAGAUCGUCGUCAUCAGAGGAAAACCUCGGAAAACUCGCUCCCAAUGACACACAGCACAUACAGAAGGUCCUCCGCGAAGGUAUUAUCCUUGCCGGAGGCGCAGCUGCUAUCCUUCUACAGCUUGCCAUGCCGGGAAUUGGUAAAGCCAUCGACAUCCAUAGCAACUUUUCCUACCGGCCGCUUGACCGGCUGCGCACGACGAUGACUUUCAUCUACUGCAUGGCCUUUGGUACUCCACAGGAGAAACGGAUUGUCGUGGAUAUGGUCCACCGCGCCCAUGCUCCGGUCAAGGGAGCCGGCUACUCGGCCGACGACGUGCGCCUCCAACUCUGGGUUGCAGCAUCGCUCUAUGCCAUUGAUAUCAGUUUGUAUGAGGAUACUUUCGGAUGGAUGGACGAGGCGGCCGCGGAAGCCGUGUAUCGCGAGUACGCCGUGUUUGCAACAUCAUUGCGCGUACCCGUGGAGAUGUGGCCGGUCAAUCGCAAGGCAUUCUGGGCUUACUGGGACCAGCAGAUCGAACAGGUGGAGGUCACCCCAGAGGCGAAAGGUGUGGCGCAUGAUAUGCUAUAUAACAAGAGGCUUCCAUUGCACAUGAAGAUACUUAUGCCAUCUGUCAGGCUGAUUACGGCGGAGUUGCUUCCCCAACGGGUCGGAGAGGCAUAUGGUCUCAAGCGCACGAGGCUGGGGAGGGUGGCCUUGGGAGUAAUGAAAGCGACUUAUUCUUUGAUCCCGACAUAUAUCCGGACGUAUCCAAUGGCGUAUUAUCUGAAGGAUAUGCGGAGGCGGAUAGAACGACGGUCUGAUCGACGGUGAUCUGCAGUACUAUUUGUGUGCCAUGUUAGACUGCUCUUCGAAAAGUCCUAGGUGAAUCCUUGCCUAGAGUGGAAUAUAAUGGAUAAGAUUCGAUGGUACUGCACAGAAGCGACUUGACUUUACCUUCGUCUAGGGUUGACGAUCCAAGUCGAGUUUAUAGGGAGCUUUCGAAUAAGCAGGCUAAGCAGGUGGUGCACCAAGCUUCCAC